CAAAGUGAGCACAGAGCCGUGAAGGAGGAUUCACGUCAUAUAAUUUUACAGCAUGCAGUCACUGAAGUGUCAGCUCCUAAAGCAGACGCUGUCUCGUUUGUGUGUCGGUUUCGGCAGCAGGGUGUUUCUGAGAGGCAUGAAUGACUUUGCAGUUCUUAACACAGGGCGCAAGAUGCCCCUCAUUGGACUGGGAACAUGGAAGAGUGAGCCUGGAAAGGUGAAACAAGCAGUUAUUUGGGCACUGGAAGCUGGGUAUCGCCACAUUGACUGUGCAUCCAUCUAUGGCAAUGAGGCUGAGAUUGGAGAAGCCCUGCAGGAAAAGCUCGGACCCGAAAAGUCCCUAAGAAGAGAGGAUGUGUUCAUCACAUCCAAGCUGUGGAACAGCAAGCACCAUCCAGAUGAUGUCGAGCCAGCCCUCCUGAAGACCCUGAAGGACUUGAAGCUUGAAUACCUGGACCUCUACCUCAUCCACUGGCCUUACGCCUUUCAACGAGGAGACGUUCCUUUCCCCAGAAAGGAGGAUGGCACCUUGCUAUAUGAUGACACAGACUACAAGCUGACCUGGUCUGCCAUGGAGAAGCUGGUGGGAAAGGGUCUUGUCCGAGCCAUUGGCUUGUCCAACUUCAACAGCAGGCAGAUUGAUGACAUCCUGUCGGUCGCCAGUGUCAAACCAACUGUCCUUCAGGUAGAGUGCCACCCCUAUCUGGCCCAGGUAGAGCUGCUGGCCCACUGUCGGGAUCGGGGCCUGGUGAUGACGGCCUACAGUCCACUGGGGUCUGCUGAUCGAGCCUGGAAACAUCCGAACGAACCCAUCCUGCUGGAGGAGCCUGUCAUCUCUUCCCUUGCAGAGAAAUAUAAAAAGUCUCCAGCUCAGAUUCUCCUGAGGUGGCAGACACAACGUGGCGUCGUAACAAUCCCUAAGAGUGUGACCGAGUCCCGCAUCAAAGAAAACAUACAGGUGUUUGACUUUACCCUUGAAGCAGAAGAAAUGAAAAGUAUUGGAGCACUGACCAGAGGCUGGCGCUACAUCGUACCAAUGAUCGAAGUGGAAGGAAAGCGCGUUCCCAGGGAUGCCGGACAUCCCUUCUACCCUUUCAAUGACCCAUAUUGACAACUCACACUACAGCCUGAAUUUGUGCCUUCAACAACCCCAUCAACACACCUUCACCUUCCCACAUCACUGAUAAAUGUUCCUGGGUCCUGCCAUCGAAGUUUGUCUUUAGAUUUUGUUCAAUUCUGCACUUGCCGUUAGAGUAAUUCAAGUUAAUAUUGGUGGUGGAGACUGGAAAAACUGGUAACUGUAAACACACCGUACAGUAUGUGCUAAUUUUCUAAUAAACAUUUUGUUACUUCCCUUGCAAGCGUUUAUUUCACUGAAUUAUUAUUGGCUUAAGCUGUCUGUUUAAUAUUAUAUCUUAGAAGAAAGUGCUUUUAAGAUUCUGUUUGGUGUGUCCAUUUAAACCCAUUCAUUUCAUCUGGUCUACAUGACCACCUCAAUCAUGCACAAAAAACAAGAAGUCUAUAUAAUACAGUAAAGUAAUUAAUAGUAAUUUGUGAAUUGUGAGUGCAGUUCUACAAGAAGGCUGACACACACCCAACAACCUGUUUCACAAGUAUGAAUAUGACAUCCAUGGUUUGCAUGGGGCGAGCAUUAAAACCAAAUACAUCCUGAUAUAGAAGUAAUGAAACUUAAAUUUCAUUAAAAGUGCAGGCCAUGAAACGAACUGCACAUAAAAAUUAAAGUUGAGAAAUGUGCUGUAACUCCAUGUCUCUUUUUUGUUUGUUUCUUUGUUUGUUCGUUUGAUGCCUCCAUUCUCCACCUAUGACUCCAAAUCACUGAUGAUGUAUGAAUUCAAAUUACAUUCUUUGAAAACAGAAGUUGUCUUUUGGUGCAUAAUUAGCUGUAAAGGCUAUUCAAUCUCUCACUUUUGAUGAAUUUGUCUACCUUCAACAUCAGCUUUCAACUUUGUUGCAUU